UUUGAAUUGCUUCGUGCUUAUCUGGAGGUUUCGUAUCCCUACAUUGUGUUACCACCGCUGCCGGAAAAGAAGGUUCUCUACGCUUGGCAGAAAGUGACGACUGACACGUUCGAUCCCGACUUCGUUGAUCGUAGAAGAGCUGGACUCGAGUUCUAUGAUUUAGAGGAACUGUUUCGUAACGGUGGCUCCGUGCCAGAUACAAAUUACAUAUUCCUGGGAGAUUUUGUCGAUCGGGGCUACUAUAGCUUAGAAACGUUUACUCAUCUGCUCCUUAAAGCUAAAUGGUCCGACAGGAUAACGUUACUACGCGGUAAUCACGAAUCUAGACAAAUCACGCACGUUUAUGGAUUUUACGAUGAAUGCCAAAACAAGUACGGCAAUGCUAAUGCGUGGAAGUACUGUUGUAGGGUAUUUGACUUGCUCACAGUUGCUGCCAUACACAAAUGCUUCUAG